AUUUUAAAUUUAAACUCCACUAUUCAGUGUAAAAAUAAUUACGAGCUAUUUUAAAUAAUAAUAAUUAUUAAAAAAACAUUAUGAUUGACAGUUACAAUAAUUUAAAAAUUACUGAGACUAAAGUGAUACCACGAGGAUAUUUAAAUUAGUGAUUUUAUUAUAAUUAAAUAUUAAUAAUUAAGUGUCAAAGAGUUUUUGUCUUUUUAAUUAAACAAAAACUUAUAUCUCAGCAUAUUUGUGAUAUAUAAUUUUUAAAUUUAUUAUUUUUUACUUGUGUUUUUAUCAUUACACUGAUUAUGAUUACAACGUGAUGAUAAUAUUUGAAUUUGAAUAAUUAGUUGAUGGAUUAAUUAUUUUAAAUUAAAAGAGAGAUAAAUAAUUGAGUAGAACGUUUUGGUCAAGUGUGCUUCCGCGAGUUAUCAAUCUUAUAUAUUAUUAUUCCUCAAGGAAUAACGUGUUGUUUUUUAUUCGUCGUCCAGAUUGACCAAUGAACAGUGGUAAAGUGCACGGUCUAUCGCAACGGCGAGACAGCGGCCAGUGACACUCAUUCUCGGAUUUUAUUCACACCAGUUGAGAAUCAAGCCAGGUGAUAGUGUGAACGUCGUGUUAUGAAACUAUUGCCGACGAUUCAGUUGCCGCAACUACCGCCGGUCUCAGCUGCUGGCGGCAUGACGGGAAUGGAUUCCCGUCUCCCACCAGGGAUAUCUUUACCUUUCAGUCCCACGGAUUUAUUGUGGCGAUAUCCGCCCAUGAGUUUUCCCUCUCAUCCACCUCAAAGUCCUCUCUUGGACUUUAAAACUCAUUUGCCUUCGAGUUUAGCUUCAGAUCCUCGAGUAUGGUCGCGAGAUGAUGUCGCGACAUUUCUCCGAUGGUCAGAACGUGAAUUCGAUCUGCCUCAAUUUGACAUGGACAUGUUUCAAAUGAAUGGAAAAGCUCUAUGUCUGUUAACAAAAUCAGACUUGGGCGAAAGAUGUCCUGGUGCUGGAGAUGUUCUUCACAAUGUCCUCGGUAUGCUGGCUCGAGAUUUCAAUCAAUUACAACGAUGUCUUCCAAGUAGUCCUGUAACGCCUACGAGACAUUCGGCAUAUCCUUUGAGUCCUCACUCACAUCCGCCAACGCCAACGUGGGCUGAAAAUCCUUAUGCAGCGAACCUUGCCUCACUUAUGUCUGCUAAUUCAGUAACACUCUCACCGGCGCCAUCAGUUGAUAGUCAAGCGGGAUCCCCCGGUCAUGCUGAGAGUAAUCAAACUCAAGUGUAUAAAAGUGAUUCAGAUGAGGAUAAUCAUCAGAGUAGCAGUAGUCCACCAGCAACACCAACCGCUCUCACGGCUCAGAGACUCAGUGAAGUUUGCGUCAAGGACCAGCCCAGUCCCACAUUGCCAUCUCAAUUAAUGCCACUUACGCCUGGAGGAUUCCGACCUGCUUCUACUGCUAGAGAAUUUUUUCCCAGCGAUUCACCUGAACCCAAUACGAAUGGGAGACUUCUUUGGGACUUUUUACAACAGCUAUUAAAUGAUCCGUCCCAGAGAUAUACGCAUUAUAUUGCGUGGAAAAGCCAGGAAACGGGAGUUUUCAAAAUAGUCGACCCGCCAGGUCUGGCGAGACUUUGGGGAAUACAAAAAAAUCAUUUGUCUAUGAAUUAUGAUAAAAUGAGUAGAGCACUUCGUUAUUAUUAUCGUGUUAAUAUACUGAGGAAAGUUCAAGGCGAACGUCACUGUUAUCAAUUUCUUCGCAAUCCCACAGAACUAAAAAAUAUAAAAAAUAUAUCGUUAUUACGCCAGCAAAUGCGAAUAAAAUCCGAACCAGAUGAAGAAAGUCCUGUGUCCGUAAACGGAAUAGAACAGGAAGUAGAUAUGCCGACUGACCUCUCAAUGUCAAGCAUGAAUCAGCCUUCUUUCGAGCAGCCUCUUCCUCUCCACGAUCCACCUGCCAAGUAUCGUAGUCACGCGUACAAUCUCGCUAAAACUAAUCAAGAACCGGAAGACAGGAAGUGACGCGAGACUUAACAGGGACAUGCAUUGAGUUUAUGUGUCGCGACUGUUUAGUAUAAAAAAAAAAAACAUAUAUAUAAAAGUAAGCUUUUAUUUUAUUAAAGUUCACUAGUUAUGAUUCGUCGCUGUGCCCAAGUGAAUCUAAUUAAUCAAGACUGAUUCAUUAAAUCCGACAAUCGAAUGUUUCAUGUUCAAUUAUUACGAUUACAAACAUUUACUAUGUACAGUAAAAAAGAAGAUAAAAAAAAACUAAACUAUAAACGUCCUCCAAUGCCGGUAAAUUAACUGGUUGAGUAUAAAAAAGUUUAUCUUCCAAAUUACCAUAUGAGAUUCCAGUUGGAUUACCAGUAAUUAGAGUCCAGCCGUGAUAUUUUAUCUCUCUCAUUUUAUUUAAUAAAAAAAAAAAAUAUCAAUUUUUGAAAUUGACAAAUUAAUCGAGAAAAAUUAAAAUUUUUUUCCCUUGUAAAUAUAUGUAUAUUAAUUAUAUAUAUAUAUGUUUAUAUCUUAUAUAUUAUAGUCAUAUAUAAUUAUAAAUAUUUGUUCAUACAAUUUUAUUAUAAAUAAAUAUAAGCAUAUCGAGUUGCUCAUGUUAAACAUGUAGUGAUAAAUGUUUGUCUAUAUGCAAAAAUAUAUAUGAUUACAUAUGAUUUAAUAUAUAGCAAUAAAAAGCUUCAAAAGUAUCGGUUUUUAAAAAUAUAUGAGAAUAUCUGAUAUAGUUUCGAUUUAUGGACAAAAAAUAUAUGAUAUUUAUAUUGGAAAUUCAUAUCUGAGUAUAUAACCGUUUUAUAUAUGUAUUAGAUAAGUGCAAAAUAUGUGGCAAUAAGUAUUAUGAAUAUGAUGAUAUCCAUUCUUAAUCAUAUAUGAUAAUAAGUAUUCAUUUAUGAUUAUAUAUGUUCAUAUAUGACCUUAUGUGAUAUCAAAUGUGCCAAUAAAUAGCCUUAUACAUGGUCAGAUAUGAUAAUAUCUACUCAUAUAUGAUUAUACCUGUUUAGAUGUGAAUUUAUAUUAAUCAUAUAUGUUUUUAAUAUAAAUAUAUACAUAUAUUUGUAUAGAUAUGAAGCUAUUUAUUGCUAUAUUUAGUAUCAUUUUAAUAGAUCUGGUCAUGUGUAAGCAGAUAUUAUCAUAUAUUAUGUGAUUUUUAUUUAAAAAAUAUAUAUAUGUAUGACUGUGCUGAGAAAAAUUUUUUUUGGACCCAUAUGAAAAUUUGAAUGUAACAAAAAAAUUGGUAUCAAGUUGGGCUCCAAUUUAAAAAACGCGCGCUCACGUAAAUAAAAUUUUCUUUUUAAAUAACGGGAAAUUUUUUUUACUGAAAUUUUAUAACUCGUUAAUGGAUCAAUUAAUUGGGGACCGUAACAUAUUUUGGUAGAGAAUUUAAUGCUUUAGACAAAAGGUCUCUUAUAAUUUUCUGAUAAAUUUAACCGUUCAAAAUUUUUUUACGAAAAUUUCAGUUUUUUCCGAAAUUAUUUAUUUUUAAAAUCUGUAAUUACAACUGAGAUUUAAAAAUUAUUUAAUGACAUAUUUUGAUUGCAAAAAAAAUGAUCUGCAAAAAAGUUCUGUGACAUUUUGCGUUAAAACUGAAAGUUUUGCUGGAAAAGUAAAAAAACCAGAAAUUUAUCAUAAAUUUGAAUUCAAACUUGAAUAACUUUUGAACGGUUAAAUUUAUCAAAAAAUUAUAAGAAACCUUUUUUGUAGAGCAUUUAAUUCUCUACAAAAAUAUGUCAUGUUCAUCCCAAUUUACUUAUCCAUUAACGAGUUAUAAAAUUUCAAUUAAAAAAAAAAUAUUCUCCCGUUUUUUAAAUUCUAGCGCGCGCUUUUUAAUCGAGUCUGAGCCCAAUUUUUUUCUGUUACAUGCAACAAAAUUUUUGUAUGGAACCCAAAAAAAAAAUCAAUUUUAUUGGAUACAGUCUGAUAUAUAUAAUAUAUGAAUUUUUUCUCGGUUAAAUUGAAAGUUUCAUUAAUCAGUGACUAUUUUUACAUCGUCCCGCUCAAAGCCCAGUCAUCCUCGUUGUUUUCACUUGUAAAAAAAAAAGUGAUAACAUAAAUUUAAAUAAAUAAAUAUAACUAUAAAAUAUUAUAAGUUAUAAAAAUAAUAAUAUACUUAAUUAAGUAUCUAUUAAAUAUAAAGGAAAUAAUGGUAUGAGUGAUUACAAAUAUAUAUAAAAAAUAAGUAAAUUGGAUUAUACUUAGAGUUAAUUUAAAAACAAUUGUUCGGUGAAUUUAUACGCGAACAUAAAAGAAUAAAAAUAAAAAAUAGAGGAAUACAAAGUAUGAAAAAUAAAAAUUUAUCCGCGCUAACAGGGAUAUAUCUGUGCCAAGAAUGUUACCUUACUAUUAUAUGACAAAUUAUUAUGUUUUUGUGUACUUUCAAGUUUAUUAUCGUAUCAACAUAUAUAUUAUAACGUACACAUAUUUUUUUUUAUGUGUAUUUUUAAGAGCUCGCCAGUUUACUGCACUACAUCUCACGAUAAUAAAAGUAAAUAAUUAAUUUGUGAGAAGAAAAAAACAUUUUUUUUUAAUCGCGUGCAAAUAUAUAUUUGGCAGGUUGCAAUUUUAUAAAGUAUAGACUUAUAAUUUAGUAUAUAAGAUUUAUAUUGUAAAUGUAAAUAAAUAAAUGCUUAGAAUUUUAAAUAUAAUAAAUAUAAGUAAGCAAUGGAAGGACGUAAAUAUAAAAAUAAUUUAAGGGAGAAAAAUUUAUUGACGUUUAAAUUUUUUUAUUAAAAUUCGGGGCCAGACUUACAUUUAAAAAUUCAUAUAUGAAUAUAUAUUAAAUAUAAAUGGAUAACAAAAUAUAACAAAUGAAAUAUAUAUAGAUAUAUAUUUUUUAAUAAAAAAAUUUUUAUUCAAAAUUUGUAUGUUAUUUAAAAAAAUUUAAUUAGUGGCUUUGAAUUAAAAAAUAAAAUUUUUUUUGAAAAUUUCGUCACAAAUAGAAAAUUAAAUCGCCAUUAUUUUACUUCGCGCUUUAUUCUACAGGGUGGCCACAAAGAAAUGAUUUCAAAAUUCCCUGAUAUUUCCCGGUUUUCUAGUAAAGUUUUUCACAUUUUUCCCUGAUUUAGAAAUUUUAUUCGUAUCAUUUAGAUAUUCAAAGUUUUUAUUAUAUUUUCAUUUUUAAUAAUUAAAUUUGAUAAUUAAAUCAUAAGAGAAACCAGAAAAAAUGGCAAUAAAAUAAAUUAAUGUUGCCUACUUUUGAUUAUUCGAUGUUAAAAAUGUAUAAGUUAAAAUAUUCAAUAAGAAAUUUUAUGAUUUAAAUAAAUUAAAAAUACACUGGUUACAAAAAUUAAGGGAUAUUAAAAAAUUUCAAAUUUUUUAGUAAUUUUCAACAAUUUGUAACUCGAAGGAAAAUGGUCGUACAAUAAAAACAAAAAGUCAAACUGCUGCUUCAAGUGUCUAGUUUUCUGAUCUGGGUCUUUAAAUUUUUUUACUAUGCACAAUUCCGGAGCAAUCAAAAAUCAAUCAUAAUUAUCGAAAAAAAUUUAUUGAAACUCGAAGACCGUUUUUAAGACGAGCGAAAAUUUGGUAAAUUUAUUUUUCGAUAGUUUUCUUAGGAUUACUCCGGAACCGCACAUAAUAAAAAAUUUCAAAGACCAGAUCAGAAAACUAGACACUUGAAGCUAUAAUUUGCCUUUUUUGUUUUUGUCGUAUGACCAUUUUUCUUCGAGUUACAAUCUGUUAAAAAUCACUUUAAAAUUUGAAAUUUUUUAAUAUCCCUUAAUUUUUAUAACUAGUGUAUAAUUUGAAAUUUUUUAAAUUUUGGACUGUUACAAUUUAAUUCCCGGAUACUUUUCAAAAUUCCCUGACAUUUCCAUGAUAUUUCCCGGUUCGUGGCCACCCUGUUCUAUAAAUUUAAUUUUUAAAAAAUAAACUGGUGAUCUGUAGACAAAAAAAUGUAGGAAUGGAUUUUUAUGAGUGUGAAUGUAGAAGACUCAGAAAAAUUUCAAAUUAUAAAUAAAUAGAGUAAAUAAUUAAUAAAAUUAAAUUUUUAAAAAUGCGCACUUAAAAAAUUAAACAAUUAAUAAGUGCAUUUUUUGAAUAACUAACCAUUUAUUUAUAAUUUUAAAUUUGUCUGUCUUCUUAAUUCACACUCGUGUAUUUUUCCACAAAACCCUAAAGGUGAUAAUUAAAAAUAAAAAUAAAACAAAUGUGGAAUUUAAAUAAUAAAUUUAUAUCUGGUUUCUUGUAUACUGUGAUCUCUAAGGUAAAAAAAAGGUAAAAAAAAAUAUCAAUCAUUCAUUUGAUUGAUAAAAUGAAUGAUUGAAAAAGAAAUAAGAUCUAUAAGAGCAUAAUAUUAUUAAAGAAUAAGAAAAAAAUCUAUAUGUAUAUGUUUAAUUUUUUGUUUCUCAUUUAUAUAUAAACAAAUGUAUAUAAUUUAUACAUUAACGGCCAUAACAGUUUAAAGUUUAUAAAAAAAUGCCGUUAGAUAAAUAAAUGAUAAAGUAGAAUAAUUGUUGUGACGAUGAAAGAAAAAUUAAUAAAUAAUUUUAAUCGAUCGUAAACAUUGUGAAAAAAUAAAAUAAGUAAAUAAAUAAAAAACAUUUAUACAUAAUUAUAUAUUGUAAGACAGAAUUAAUGUGUAAAGACAAAAUAUAUCAACUGUAAAAUUAUAGAUUUAAAUUUCAUUUUAUUGUAAUUGUUAUGGAUUUACUCCAAACGAUGUAAAUAUUAAAUCAUUUACUUAUUAUUAAUA